AUGUGUUUCCUUGCGAUCCUCGCAUUUGACCUUCCGGGUGAGCUUGUCACUUUGAUGUCAGACAGCUCAACUUUGAACUCGCUUAUUGAUAUCCGUCCAUACACUCGCACGCGGUUUUAUAUCUCCCCCGCUCCUAGAACAUGGGAGCUCAGCCAAUGGAGGGCUGGGUAUUUCCUGUUCACAUGCCCGAACACGAAGGGGGGACGUGGUUGUGUAACCAUGCCAGAUGACGAUGGCGGCACAAUUACGAAGGUGAAGUUCGUCGCUCUCUCCGAUGCUGUUUUUGCGGGGGGAUAA